AUGGCCCUGGACACUGCUGCCCUCUUCAUCGUGACCCUGUCCAUCAAAGGCCUGCUCACUCAUGCUGCUGACACCUGCCCAGAAGUGAAAGUCCUGGAUCUGGAGGGCUCCAACAAGCUCACCAUCCUCCGAGGCUGCCCUGGGCUGCCGGGAGCCCUGGGACCCAAGGGAGAAGCUGGUGCCAAAGGAGACAGAGGAGAGAACGGCCUCCCUGGACAUCCUGGGAAGGCAGGACCGAUGGGGCCCAAAGGAGAGAAAGGCCUCCCUGGACAAUCUGGGAAGGCAGGACUGAUGGGGCCUAAAGGAGACCGAGGAGAAAAGGGAGCACGUGGAGAGAAAGGAGACACCGCGCUAUCUCAGUCAUGUGCUACAGGACCUCGGGCCUGCAAGGAACUGCUCACCCGGGGCCACUUGCUUACUGGCUGGUAUACCAUCUACCUGUCAGACUGCAGGCCCCUGACUGUGCUGUGUGACAUGGAUACUGAUGGUGGAGGCUGGACUGUCUUCCAGAGGAGGCUCGAUGGCUCUGUGGACUUCUUUCGGGACUGGGCCUCUUACAAGCAGGGCUUCGGCAGUCAGCUGGGGGAGUUCUGGCUGGGGAAUGACAACAUCCACGUCCUGACCACCCAGGGAACCAGUGAGCUGCGAGUCGACCUUACAGACUUUGAGGGCAAGCACGAGUUUGCCAAGUAUAGCUCCUUCCGGAUCCUGGGAGAGGCCGAGAAAUACAAGCUCAUCCUGGGAAACUUUGUUGGAGGUGGUGCUGGUGACUCUCUGACUACCCAAAACAACCAAUUCUUCUCUACCAAAGACCAAGACAAUGACCAGGAUUCUUCCAGCUGUGCACAGCAAUACCACGGAGCCUGGUGGUAUUCGGCAUGUCACACUUCCAACCUCAAUGGCCUCUACCUCGGGGGUCCCCAUAAGAGCUAUGCAAACGGUGUCAAUUGGAAGUCAUGGAGAGGGUACAACUAUAGCUACAAGGUUUCCGAGAUGAAGAUGCGUCUCACCUAGCUUCCCACACAGGCACGUCCUUCCGUCGUCAUUGCCAGCUAAGGAAGGAGUGUGCCCACCCUGUCCAGCUCUGCCCUUUACCCACAGCCCACACAGCCCGUGACCGCCAGUACAG